CUUGAAAACGCAAGGCUGUCCUCUGAAAUGUGUAGCUCAGCAGCUAAUACCGUAAGAGAAGAACUUACAGAAAGUCGCAUGCGCAUUGAUAGCCUAUCUUCCCAACUGUCUGCUUUACAGAAAGAGUCUAGAGGGUGGCUAGAGAGGAUGCAAGAACUGGAGGACAUCCUGGCUAAAGAAAGGGAUACCUUCCGCAGGACACUCUCUGACAAAGAGAGAGAGAUGGCAGAGAUACGAGAUCAGAUGCAACAGCAGUUGAAUGAUUAUGAACAACUGCUAGAUGUAAAAUUGGCUCUGGAUAUGGAAAUCAAUGCUUAUAGGAAGCUGUUGGAGGGUGAAGAAGAAAGGGAGACCCACGAGGAGCCAACAGAAGCUGUGCAAUCAUGUAAAUGCCAAUCAUCUAGUCCUCACUUAUGUUUAUCCCUUCCUGCAGAGGAGAACAGUCUUGGAAGCACAACAUAUUUUUGUAUUUUCUUUUGUGAAUUUUAAAGCUGUGUCUGGCCUUAAUUUCCUUUCUCCCAGAAACGGAGAUUUUUGUAUGUCAAAUCAUAUAUAUAGCUUUUUGAAAUGUGAAAUAUUGACACUGAACUAUGUACUGUUUUUUUCAAAAAAAAACCCCAACCCUCAUUUUUACAGUGGUCCUUUUUAAUAUCCUUGUUAAAAAAAUACUUGUGUGGGGUUUGGUUGUUAGUCUAGCCAUCUACUCUUUAUCUUUUUACAUUCUUACAUGCUUUUUGGAAGGGGGAAGGAAAGUGCUUUCAACAAAUUUUUGUAUGGAAAACUUUUGUAUUUUAGCAAUCAAGAUACACAAAUUUUACUCAAAAUAUUUGUAAAGAAAAUUGUUGUCUAUUAGUUGCAUCAUAAAUAGAAGGAUGAAGGACUAUAAAACAAUUUGACUAGUUUCACUUAGCAAUUUAAUCAGGAAAUGGGCUUAUGUUAAUGUGUGAUGUGUGUUUUUAAAUUCUAGUGUAACUUGCAUACUUUUUCAUGUCAUAUUAACAAUAAAAGCUGUCUUAAGAAGG